CUCAUUGGCUGAUGACCAUUCCUGACAACGUGAUUCGCUUAGAAUGGUCACGUGACGCGCUCUGACAUUUCCGCGGUAGUUCAGAAUGUCAAAAUAAAUGCGUCGAAAACGGUCGAAAAUCACCUCAGAGAAGACGAAAACAGUUGUUAUUAGUAAGAAGACACAGGGGAUUACACACUAAGACAGCAGAUGAUGAAAUACCUUCACAUAGUACGUUGAUGUUUAAACUAUCGUUCAGACAACAGAAGUUUUCAGACAGCGGAGGAGAACUACCAGCUUCUUUUCUAGUGAUCCAUACGGACUCUGACGAAGGUGAGGGCAACAUCAAGUACACUAUCUCUGGAGAAGGGGCGGGCUCCAUCUUUAUCAUCGAUGAGCUAACAGGGGACAUCCAUGCCACAGAGAGACUGGACCGAGAAGAGAAGGCUUUUUACACACUUCAGGCUCGGGCCCGGGACCGGCUUUCCAACGACCUUCUAGAACCAGAGUCAGAGUUUGUCAUCAAGGUCCAGGACAUCAACGACAGUGAGCCCAAGUUCUUGGAGGGUCCCUACAUCGGCAGUGUGGCAGAGCUGUCACCCAUAGGAACGUCCGUUAUGAAGGUUACUGCAUCAGAUGCUGACGACCCUACAUAUGGCAGCAGUGCCAGAGUGGUGUACAGCGUACUGGAUGAAGAAAAGAUUUUUACUGUUGACAGACACACAGGGAUCAUCAUGACCGCAGUGGCAGAUUUGGACCGUGAGACACAGGAUCGGUAUGAGUUGGUUGUCAAGGCAACAGACAUGGCAGGACAAAUGGGCGGUCUCUCCGGCUCCACCACGGUGACCAUAGUGAUCACAGACGUUAAUGACAACCCACCACGCUUCCCACAGAAGAUGUACCAGUUUUCUGUGUCAGAGGGGGCAGCUGUGGGGACACCAGUUGGACGCGUCAUUGCCACGGAUGCAGACAUGGGCGAGAACACAGACAUGAGCUAUCUGAUCAAAGAGGAAGGCGAACUUUUCAAGGUCACUACUGAUGUAGAGACACAGGAAGCUGUUGUCUCCAUCAAGAAGCCUCUGGACUUCGAGAACAAGCGCACACACAAUGUCGUGGUGGAGGCGGUAAAUAAGCAUGUUGACCCUCGCUUCGUGGACCUGGGUUCUUUCCGAGACCAGACCAUUGUCCGGGUCAGCGUGUCGGACAUAGAUGAGCCACCCAUCUUUCAACCACUAGAGGGCACUAUCAUGGAAGUGCAGGAGGAUGCCAAAGUAGGAGCGCUGGUUGGCAUCAUCACUGCAAGGGAUCCAGAUGUGAAGAAUAAACCUGUCAGGUUCUCCAUCGAUCGGACCACAGACCAGGAGAUGAUCUUCCAUAUUGAUCCUGAUUCGGGUGCCAUCACACUGGGAAAGAUUUUGGACCGAGAGACUGCUGGCUGGCACAAUAUCACUGUGAGGGCUGUAGAAGCAGACAACCACACCAUGGCGUCCCACUCAGCAGUGAGUAUUCGGAUUUUGGAUGUAAAUGACAAUCCUCCUGAACUGGCCACACCAUACGAAGCUUCUGUAUGUGAAGAUGCUAAACCAGGCCAGCUAAUUCACACCAUCAGUGUAGUGGAUAGAGACGAGCCACAAUCUGAUCAUCGCUUCUACUUCACCCUGGCUCCUGAAGCCUCCAGCAAUCGACACUUCACCCUGCGGGAUGUCAAAGACCACACAGCUGGCAUCCAGACCCAGCGAUCAGGCUUUAACCGCCAUGAGCAGAAUGUGUACUUCCUGCCUAUCCUGGUGGUUGACAGCGGGCCUCCUUCCCUCAGCUCCACAGGCACCCUGACCAUCCAUGUCUGUGGCUGUGACGCAGAGGGAGCCAUCCAGUCCUGCAAUGCCACAGCCUAUGUAAUGAGUGCUGCUCUCAGCCCUGGAGCUCUUAUAGCACUACUGGUCUGCAUGCUCAUCCUCAUAGUCCUUGUCUUGCUGAUCCUGACCCUGAAACGCCACAGGAAGGGCCAGAGGAUGGCGGAGGAUGAGGAGGACAUGAGGGACAACGUCAUCAAGUACAAUGACGAGGGCGGAGGGGAGCAGGACACUCAGGCGUACGACAUGAGUGCCCUGAGGAACCUCUAUGACUUCCCAGAGGCCAAGAGCUGUGACUCUGGCCCGGACAUCCGCUCACUGCCACAGUGGAUACAGGCUAACCGGGUGGGUGGUGGUGCAGAUGGAGCUGCAGCUGCGGCGGCAGACUUCUCCCUAUUUAAAGGCUACAUCCGAAAGAAGGUGGAACAGGCUGAUGCCGAUCUGUCGGUGCCGCCGUAUGACUCCUUCCAGACGUACGCCUUUGAGGGCACCAGUUCACCAGCGCUUUCACUAAGCUCCAUCCACACGAUGUCCACCACCUCGGAGCAGGAUUUCUCCUACCUCAGCGACUGGGGACCACGUUUCAGGCAACUAGCGGGCUACUACGCUCCAGAAAACCCUGAGGAGGAAAGGUCGUAGCACAGCUUCUCCUCUGCAGAGAGACGUUUAAACUCCUUCUCUGCCUCCCACUUCUCUGCCUCCUCUUCUCAUCCUCUGGCACUCAUCAAAGCCAGCACUGUGUACUCCUUAAAGACAGAGCACCACUCCUUUAUCUAUUUUGAAAGAAAAAUCCAAUUGUCAAACUUUGAAGUUUUUGGUUUGUUUUUUACUCUCUUUGUUUUUUUGUGAGAGUUUUUUGGACUCCAGCAUGAGAGCUCUGGCGAUGAUAUGAGAAAGAGUAACGAAAGAGAUAUCCAGUCACCAAAAUUGUCAUUUAGUUUGGAGGAGUUCCACUUUCUUCAUAAAUGAAAACUCUAUUUUAAGCAGUGAGACUGUUUCCAGAGUUUCAGAGUAUAAACAUGAUGUAGGUAAACUAUGCCAAGGCAAACCUGUUUGACAAACAUGUAUUUAUUUAAGGAAGAACUAUUUAUGUAUUUAUUUGUUUUUAUGUAUUUAUUUAUUUAUUUACACCAUAAUCACUAUGGCAACUGCAACAGUGAACUGAAGUGGUAAAGAUAAAUUGAGGGGAGGAGGACAUUAUUAAAAAAAUGAGGGACAACAUGGAAGAAAAAAAAAUGGACUGCAGUGGCGGGGUGAGGUGACAUCUGGGCCAUAAAAAAAUUACGUUCUGAAAAUACAGUAUUUGUAUUUAUUUUCUAUGACCACUUUUGUAAAAUAACCAACUCAAGACAUUGAUGAAAAGUAGAGGCAAGUAGAAAGAGGGAACAGAUGGAGUGAAAGAACUGCAGAAGAAAACGUGCUGUCUGUUUAGCCGGAACGGUUGAGACUGACAUACUUUUGCUGUACUUUAGUGAUUUAUAAAAGGGUUUUUGGAGGUCACAAACUGAGGACAAUUGUGUGUUAACAAUUUCUUUUCUUAUCCUCUCCACAGCCAAUUGUAAGGCAAUAAGGCACAAACCGCAGCAGUGAUUUAAGACUGAACAAAAUGACUAUUUCAUGGAAUUGGCUGGUUGCCAGCAUUGUCCCACAGGGAGCCAAUUUUCAUUCCAGAUUGUGUGUGUGAAUUUGUUCAAUUCAUUUUU